AGAAAAUAAUCAUCACAAUUGUAGUUACAAAUUAAUCAGCAAAAAAAUAAUUAAAGAAAAACUGCCAAUCGAUGUGAAAGUUCAGCCUAAUUAAAAAAAAAAAACAAAAGUACAACAAAAAGUGAAAAAGUGGAAAACACGAGCCAAGCCAACCUGCUAUUUACCUUGAAACAACAACAACAAAAAAAAGAAGAAAAAAGAAUCUGACAAGACGUGAGAUUUUCCAUUAGUUUGUUUUGUUUUUGUUCUUCCAGUCGGUUGGUUGGUUGAUUGUUGUUAAUGUGUACAUAAAUCCUUGGCCCAGCAGUAUCUAGUUGGUGGUUUUUACCCUGAAGAAAAUGUUUCAAUAGAAGAUGGCCAAACUUUCACGACAUGUCCCGUCGUCUGCAGCAACGCCGUCAACAACAGCAACAGCAACCAGAGAAACGUCAUCAGCAACAUCAGCAGCAGCAACAGCAACAGGAACAUCAACAGCAACUACCAAUUAUGGCUCACAGCAGCGCCUCAGUCGACGUUCAUCAAGCAAAAGUAGUAGCAGGAGCAGCAACAUCAACAACAACAACAAUAUACCAAAAGCAUCGGCACUCAUUGAUCCAAGUGUCGAUGGUCUGCACGAGAUUCCAUCAGCAUCACCGACACCGGCGGCGCUCUCGAACAAUAGCAGCAACCAGAAUAGCAACAUCACUGCCUCUACACAUGCCACACCUGCCCACCACCAUAACCCACAUGCAGCCACGCCCACUCCCUAUAUGCCACUCCUACCGCCCGGUGAACGAAAUCUGACCGAUGCGGAAAAUAAAGCUGAACGUGCCCGAAUCCGUGAAGAAUUCUUUGCCACCUAUGAUGUUAUGACUGGCGUUCGGAUUGCUGCCACAUUGGGCGGCUUCUUUGGCCUGAUGGUGUUCCUUAUUGUGUGGAAGAGUCGCAGUAGUAGCAAUGAGACCCUCAAAGUGCUCAAAGAUCCCAAAAUGGCGGCCGUGGCUGCAGUUUGUAUGCAAGAGGAAGAGGAACGUGAGAUUCACGAGGCAAUUGUGGCCACUGGCAUGUCCAUAUAUCCGGAUGAGUAUGAUGCUCUAGUCUAUCGACGACAGCGAAUGCUCUCGCUUGGAAACGUAAGUGCUCCUCCAUUACUAAAUCGUGGUUAUCGUUGCGGCUCAGUGGGUGGCGUUGGUCCAGCCGGUCCAGUGGGCUAUAGCUAUCUCUUGGAACCACCACGACGAUUUUCUUAUUCGGCAAUGUCGCCUGGCGGGGCUGGACCUGGUGGACCAGGUCGUCGUAAAAGUGGCUCAGAGUCUUCGCGUAUUUUAAGUAACUAUCCGAUGGGCGGCAGCUUUGGCACUGAUGAUUAUUUUGUGGAAACCGAUGAUGAACUGGAAGCAGAAGAAUAUAUACAAUGCACUGGCCAUGAUGAACAGGAGCAACUGCAUCAUCAACGAACAGAUUCCACGCGCAGUAAACCGGGCUUUCUGUCCGUACCAAUGGCAGGUCACGAUUCACGCCGUAGCAGUGCCAUGACUUGCUGCAGCACGGACAGUUCGUAUCUGGAACGGCGCACUUCGGCCUAUACCUUGGGCAUGAGCAAUUUACCACCUACAUUGCAACGGAAAUUAUCGACAGCUUCGCGUACAUCGAGCAUAGAGAAUUGGGACUACUAUUAUCCGGAUAUUCAGGUAAUACAGCCAACGCCAAAGGCCUCACCAUGCCCCUCGGAGCGUAGCAUACAUGAAGCUACCACAGCAGCAGCAGCAACAACCUCCGCAAAGUCCAAGGGUUUGAGUGCUCCCAAUAUCAAGCGGAAACACAGCAUUGUAUCCUAUGAUCCGGAGAGUGCCCAGGCUGGUCGCAAGCAGCAGAUACAUUCAAUAAGUGCCGAUACCGUGGAUGUUUAUCCAUAUAAUCAGACCCCCUUAAGGGAUGCAGUGGACUUGGGGUUGCCUAUGCCAAAGCCAAUACAAUCGGCACCACCAUCCAGUGCCCAUCAGUCGUUUCAUUUCAGUGAUUCGCCAUCGGAGGAACUGCGCUUGGGUGUCAGACGUAAAUUGACCCUGGUGGAAUUGCAGCACAAUGAGAGCAAUAACAAUAGUUUUCCCUAUACGGCAAAUGCUGCAGUGCCUCAAACUGGCACGGUUACGGCUACGGCUACGGGUACGGGUACAGGUACAGCUACAGCAACGGCCACUUCGAGUAGCAUUAGUGUGGAUAGCACUCCCGUUAGCUUGGACAGGCUCAAUGGCAGCUUAUCCAUGUCCAUGUCAAUCAAGGCUCCACCCAAUAAUGGCAAUGGUGCACCUGAGAAGCGAGCUCCAUUGGCCUCGUUAAGUUCCUUUAAGAUCUCCUCACUAGAGUGCCCCGAUUCGGAGUUACGUUCCCUGGAUGAGGAUUCGGUUUUUGGUAUGGAGAGUCCCGCAGAUACAGACGAUGAUAUGCAGCAAUUGAGCAGCGAUAGUGAAGAGCAGGCUGCCAUGGAGGCCCAGGCCAAUGAGACAAAGACAAAUCCUGCAAAUUUACCCGUAGGCUUGCCUAUGAAACGGAUGAGUCUUAGUGCUGUGCCCUCAGUGGGUGUUGUGGGAGGUGGUGCUCGACCCAGACGGCCAUUGCUUCAAAGACAUAGAACUAUUAGCGCCUCGUCCAGUGAUAGGGUGGCCCUUAUAGGAGCUGGGGCUGGAGCUGGACAAAUGCCGCUUAUGCAGUUUCAUGGUGGCUCUCCAGUUGGAGCAGCAGCUCCUCUAGAAACACACUUCGGGGCCAUCAUUCAGUCCAGUCCACCGCGUCGGGGACAAUUGUUGCAGCAGUACAGUGAUCCUCAGAGUAUGCCAACAACAACGACAACCACAACAACAACAACCACAGAAGAUGACACCUGCUCAACCCUAAACACAGAAGUGGGACUUGGCUUGGAUGUAAUGGGCUUUGGCGGUGUGGGCGGCAGUGGAGUCGGCGGCGGAGAAUCAACAACCCAUACACAAUAUAGCAGUCUAAAUACGGUCAUCAGUCUGGGUCACUCCACAACUCCGAGCCCCAGUGCCACGCACAGUCCCCGAAUGGACAAUAAUCUGGCGCAGCCAUUAACUACUGCUACUACUCAACUGCCAGGCAAUCAUCAUCAGCAUCACCUUCAUCAUCAUCAUCAGCAUCAUCAUCAUGAACGCUGUCCCUCUUCCACAUCCGAUUCGGCUGUAUUGGCCUCAAGACCUCAAACGAUUUGUAUGCCUUCCACACUAAAAGAUCUGAUAUUACGUGGUGGCAAUAAUGGAGCAACAAGUUCCAUUAGUAAAAGUGCUACCAAUCUAAGUUUGCCCAGCAAUGAACCGACUCUGACAUCUGCAACACCUGCAGUCAUGUUGGAGCUUCCAUUGAUCAGAUUGCCCAAUGAUGAAGACAAAGGCGACAACGAUGACGAUGAUGAUGAUGGAGAUGGAGAUGACGAAGAGCAGGAGGCUGGGCAUGUAAACGAUACUAAGGCAACAAAAAGUGAUCCCAGUCUGCCGCCUGGCACAUCCCGCAAAUGGUCCAAAGAGACACUCUUCUAGCCCAAUUGGUUUCCGCCGCUCCAUGGGUGGGGCCAUUAUUUAAGAGCUUAGUAACUGACUUCAUAUAUAUAAAUAUAUAUGUUUUGCAAAAUCCAUUAUAUAAAUAGUGAAACCUUCAAAAAAAAGACUUUCCAUUUUACACACAUUUAAAUGGUCCGAAAUUAAAUUCCUUUGCUAAAGGUUAAUCUGAUCGAAUGGAUAUUGUCUCAUCUUUUGUUUUUAUAGCCUUGGAAAAAACGAUAAAGAUUAUCUUGAAGUUUUCACUAUUGAAUAGAUAUAAUGGUGAGUCUCAUGUGGUCUGACAACCAAAUUUUCCUGGGUUGCUCAAGAACCUAUCACUAAAAACUAGAGUUUAAUAGGAUAUCGUGUAGUUAAGCGCAAUUGGUCAAAAAGUAAAUUAUAUGCCGUAUAAGUUAGAUUUUUGGAUGUUGGGUCUGAUUAGAGACGGGGGAGUAUUAUGCAGUUACAAGUUAGUAAAUUUAAGAUAAAGAUAAAUAUUAAAAUUAUAAAAAUAAUAAAAAAAAAAUGAUGAUGAAAAUAAUGAAAAAAACAGCAACAACGUAUUCGUACUUAGAGACUGUUGUCUAUUAUUGUUAAUAGAAAUCUAAAAGUUAAGUAGUGAUACUCGGAUUUAUUUUUCACGCUAUCAGAAUAAUAGUAUAUAUAGAUAUACAUAUAUACAUUUGUAUAGAGCAAAUCAGUCUAAUUUUUACUCCCUCACACUUUCUCACCCUCACUUUCACACUAACUCUUAAUCUCCCACUAUUCUGUCUCUGUCUGUCUCUCUGUAUAGUGUCUUAAAAUGCUCAGCCAAGCCAAAUAUUAAUGAAAUAAUACUUGAGGUAUAGUAAAUUAGUAAACAAAACCAAAAUUUUAUAUACAUAGAUUGCACAAGAACAAAAAAAAAAAGUACUCUGACAGUAAAUAAGCCUAAACAUAUGAGACCUCGAAAAGGUUUACUCAAAAGUUGCCUAAACCAAUGUCAUUUACUAGCUACAAGUGAAAUAAUAUACAUAUGUAUGUAUAUUUAUAUGUUCUUCCAAGAUCUUAAAUCUUAAUCUAUGCCUUGUCUUGUCUACUUCCGAUUCAUCCCUAACCACAGUCACACAAAACCCACACAAAUUGUUGAGAAUAUAUAUACGAUAUAUAUAUAUAAUAGAAUUGUUGUCACAGAAAUAUAGAGUUACUUAAAGAUAUAUA